CCUCAGUAACUGCAGCAAAUGGGUUCAGCAGUUGUGGUUACUGGGCUCUAAAGCGCCAGCUCAAGGGUUUAGUUUCUCCUAGGUAUGUGGGAUCCUCCUGGACCAGGAAUCAAACCCCCGUCUCCUGCUUUGGCCGGCAGAUUCUUUACCAUUGCCACCAGGGAAGCCCUAAAGUCGUCUCUUAACAGCUGAAAACAGUCAUUGUUAUUUUACAUUUUGGCACCAACGAAAAUCUAGAAAAAAAUUCUAGAUUCCUUACCCAUAAAGACAGUUGUAGUCUCUGAUCUUCCAAAAGUUUCCCCUUUUAAGGCCCAUGCCUGGGGGCUACGGAGUGAUGGGGGAUGAUGGGGCCAUGGACUACAGCGUCCACGAGGCCUGGAAUGAAGCUACCAACGUGUACCUGGUGGUGAUCCUUGUCAGCUUCGGGCUCUUCAUGUAUGCCAAGAGGAAUAAAAGGAAAAUUAUGAGGAUAUUCAGCUUGCCACCUCCAGCAGAAACUCUGUCAGAGCCCAACUUUUAUGACACAAUAAGCAAAAUUCGUUUAAGACAGCAACUAGAAAUGUACUCCAUUUCCAGGAAGUAUGACUAUCAGCAGCCGCAGAGCCAAGCUGACAGCGUGCAGCUCUCGCUGGAAUGAAAUCUCAGAAAAUCAGCGGCAUAAAUGCUUGUUGUCCAAGAGUGCAGUCUCCUCCCGCUACUGAAUCAUGGCCAGCAUUUUCGGGUGUUUUUUUUUUUAACUUCUGUCUCCAUAAAAUCAUUUUGUUUGUGACUUUCCCCCCAAUUUUCUGGUGUGUUUGGUUUCGCUUUUUAAAAUUUCAUCUCCAAAUCAUUUGUUCCACAAAUUGAAAAUGCCUCCAAGGGCCUGAACACAGAGAGUCAGGGAAGGUAGACGGUCACCAGAGAUGGCGAUCUUACCUUGUGAAGACCUGCAAGUCCUUCAGGAUGCAAUCAGGAGCAAAAGCACAAGAGUCUGGAGGCCACUUUUGAACUUUUUCGCAAAAUUAAAAAAUAAAAAUCAGAUCAUUGAAAGAACUUCCUCUUCAAUUGUGCCAUGGGAUAAAUGUCAUAAUGGAUAAGGGACUAACUAACCUGUAUUCUUGUGGCUGUUGUUACCUGAGAUUGAAUUAGCCAUCUUUGCUUCUUCGGGAGUCACACAGGAAACUGUCUUUUCUGCACCGUGAAAUCCUGAUGCACACCCCCCUGCUAGUUGUGGAAAUUUCCUGGGGCUGAAGUUCAUUCCCCUUCAUGGUGUUCCCACAAGUUCCUUCCCCCAGAAGAGUCUUUUUCCAGCCAUGCCAGGGCCGUGCUGCUGAAGACAUGGGCACCUCUAACUGGUGCUAGCUACUUGAUUUGGGAUCUUAUGACUAUAAAUGUUUAACUGUCUAGCUUCUUGGGCUUUUUUUUUUUUUUUUUAACCGUAAUAAGCUUCCCUAUAGACUUCAUAUCUUGCACCAUUUUUGUGUGGAAAACUUCAUGCUGAAAACACUGAAAUGUUUUUGCCCAGUUUUUCAUAUUUAAAUAAAAACUGAUUGGAGACAAUAGCAGGUACAUUUAACUGUCCAUGUAACUGUUCAAGAAUUUGUUUUCAGGACUUCCAGGGUGGUCCAGUGGCUUAGAUUCCAUGUGGCCAAUGCAGGGAGCCCGGGAUUCAGUCCCCGUCAGGCAACUGGAUCCCACAUGCCACAGCUAAAAAUCUCAAAUGCUGCAACUGAGACCCAGAGCAGCCAAAUAAAUAUUAAAAAAGAGAAAGAAUUUGUUUUUGAAUCAAAAUGCAAUUUUAAAAGAGUUAAUAUUUUAAAUGUUAUUGCCUUUUCCUUUACAAUUAUGAAGUAAAGAAUAUAAAUUUUAUUUUGUUGGGGUUUUUUUUAAGUUUUUUUUUUUUAAGUUAUUGCAUUAUUUUGGUUUUUUUUUUUUUUUAAGGUGAACCAUUUUAAAAGUCUUUGUUGGAUUUGUUAUAAUACUGUUUCUGUUUUUUCUGUUUUGGUUUUUUGGCCAGGAGACAUGUGAGCUCUUAGCUCCCUAAACAGGGAUCAAACCUGCACCCCUUGGAUUGGAAGACAAAAUCUUAACUACUGCACCACCAGGGAAGUCCCAAGAAUAUUAGUUUUAAAUGAAAAAGUUUAGGCCAAAUGAAAUCAUUUCAGGGAAAUUGCACUUGCUUUAAAAUGUAUGUCAUUCAAAAAUGUAUAUAUUUUACAAGGUGGAUUGUUGACCAAAUGGAAUAAUUCUUUCUUAACCCACAGAUGACUUUGAAUUCCCCACCUGUACCCAGAAUGAAUACAUUGACUGAAGGAUUGUAAACAGUGGUAAUUAUGGCCUGGGGUGAGCAGAGCAGGACGAGAACAGUCUCUUAAACUUUGCUCUUACGUAAUCAGGAGUGGGAGUGGUUCACAUGCUGUCACUGAUGUGAGGCACAAACCUGGAUCAAUUAUGAAAACUGGCUAUCUCAGCUGAUUUGAAUAAACUGUGUACCUAAAUAAAUAUAAAUCACAACAAAA